UAUAAACUUGCGCACACCCACACAAGCGAAAUGUUAAAACAGUUGCCAACGAGCAAAAGGAAAAAAUCAUCAGAUUUGCAGCUACCCUGCGGCUGGCGCGAUUGCCAAAUGGUCUGCGAUGGCGAAUGGCUGCUCAAUAGCCACAUUGCCGAGCAUCUGGAGGGGCAUCAGCAACAGCAACGGGAGUCGCAGGGCCAGGACAAGUGUGUAUGCGUGUGGAACGAUUGCAGCUUUCAAACGAAUUGCCGCGAAGAGUUCGAACGGCACAGUUAUUAUCACGGCUAUUACAUUAAUCUGCUGCUUCAGGGCAAGCAUGAGUGCGAGCUCCAUCCAGAGAUACCUGCCUGCUAUGCACAGCCACGCAACGGCGACAAGCUGCCCGAGUUAAAGCAGAAUUUCCAGUGCGGCUGGAGUGAUUGCAAGCGUUCGUUCAUUUCCAUUGUCGAAUUCCAGGAUCACAUAGUGCAGCAUGCCUCCUUCGAAUAUGAAAUACAAAAGUCACCGGACGACGAGAGGCCUAAGACGCAGUGCAACUGGACGCUGUGCAACAAGCUGCUGGAGAACAAAUACCGCCUCAUUGAGCACAUUAGCACGCAUUCGAACAAAAAACAUGUUGCCUGCUAUCAUUGCGGCGAGCUGUUCAGAACGAAAACAACGUUGUUCGAUCAUCUGCGCCGGCAGCCGGAUAACAACACACAAAAAUUUCAAUGUGCACAGUGUUUUAAAUUCUUUGCCACGGAGAAGCUAUUGCGCGGUCAUGUGGUGCGCCAUGUGAACUGUUACAAGUGCAGUAUGUGCGAUAUGACCUGCAGCUCGGCCAGUUCGCUGACCACGCACAUACGUUACCGCCAUCUCAAGGAUAAGCCUUAUAAGUGUACGGAAUGCGAUACACGUUGUGUACGCGAAUCAGAUCUGGCCAAGCACGUACAGAUUGUCCAUUCCAAGCUAGUGCAUCAGUGCGAUCAACCGGGCUGUCAAUACUCUGUGCGCACCUAUACGCAAAUGAGACGACACUUUCUGGAGGUGCAUGGCAAUAAUCCGAUUUUCUAUGCAUGCCAUUGCUGUGAGCGCUUCUUUAAAACGGGCAAAUCUCUCUCCAUACAUCUAAUUAAGAAGCAUGGCUUCCGAUUGCCAUCGGGUCACAAACGCUUCUCGUAUCGUGUGGACGAGAAUGGUUUCUAUCGACUGGAGAUGACGCGCAUUGAGAGCUUGGAGGUUACACAGCAGAUACUGGCGCCCCAUAUCAAGCAGGAGCCCGACCUGGCCGGCAGCUGCUAUGAGAUUGUGAAUCCGAUCGGCGUUGACUACGAGCGCAUUAUCGUUUCCAACGAUGCCAACGAGGCGCAACUGGUUGGCGAGGUGACCAUCUCGCUGCCCAGCCUAGAUGACGAAGACUUCUGAAUGCAUCAAUCAAAAUUGAAAUGGAAAUACAGUAAGCACUCGUUAACACAAACGGCUGUGUUCACAAAUGGUGCUCCUGUUCUCCAGCCCCCUGUUCCUGUUUCACAUCCACAAAUGCACCGCCGAGUACUCAUAGUUUUUAAGCAUAAUUUAUCCUUAACAAGAUUUGCUCGAGACUCCGAACUGCAGCUGCGGCACAACACACACACAUCUCUAAUUGUAUUGUGUAUAUUAACGAAGGCCCACUGAAGUCCAAGUUCAACCAGCAGUCUCUUAUAUAUACAAAUAUCAUAUUCGCAUUUAGAAAGAAUUAUGUACUGCAAACUAUAAAUCACAUUUAAUUAAGUUAUAAGUAAAUCAAGUUAAGAGUUCGACAAGCAUAUUUAAUAAACCAAACCAUGCACAUCACUAAAAA